GAAGCAGGCCGUCGAAAGUCGCGCCUUCGCCAUCCGCGCACUCUCUUCUUAUACCGGGUUUUAGUUUAGCACCAAGAUGACAUAGUCCCAGUGCGGUGCGAUCAGUCAACUUGAAACGCACACAUUUUAAGUUUUCCAUUCGGGCGGGGGAGCCGUAAAGGUCCGGUUGUUGCAGAACUAGAGCAGUCCCACCCUGCACCGUUGAGGGAUACAGACGAGACCGAGAGGCGGCUUGUUCCUUUUAUCCGCCUGUACAUAGAGACUUACGAAAAUGGGCGAGCAUGGACGCACCGACUCGUACCGCGUCGCCACCAUCGGCCCGAUCGAGGAUGAUAAUAGAACAGCUGACGGACAGUUCAAGACACGCAGAAAACCUCCCGCGAAAAAACGGAAACCAGGAGAUUUAGAAGAUCUCAAACAGGAGCUGGAUAUUGAUUACCAUAAAGUCACUCCUGAGGAACUCUACCAAAGAUUUCAAACGCACCCGGAAAAUGGCCUUAGUCACGCAAAAGCGAAAGAGAACUUAGAAAGAGACGGCCCCAAUGCUCUUACACCACCUAAACAAACACCCGAAUGGGUGAAGUUUUGUAAAAAUCUAUUCGGCGGCUUUGCAUUGUUACUCUGGAUUGGUGCUAUUCUAUGCUUUAUCGCCUACGGUAUUCAGGCUAGUACCGUAGAGGAGCCCGCUGAUGACAAUCUGUACCUGGGCAUCGUGCUCGCGGCCGUCGUGAUCGUUACUGGUAUCUUCUCGUACUACCAAGAGAGCAAGUCGUCUAAAAUCAUGGAGUCCUUCAAGAACAUGGUCCCCCAAUUCGCCACCGUCAUCCGUGAAGGAGAGAAACUUACGCUCCGAGCCGAGGACCUGGUGCUUGGUGAUAUUGUCGAGGUUAAAUUCGGUGACCGGAUUCCCGCCGACAUACGUAUUAUCGAAGCGCGAGGCUUUAAAGUCGACAACUCUAGCUUGACCGGCGAAUCUGAACCCCAAUCCCGAGGAGCCGAAUUCACAAAUGAGAACCCACUCGAGACCAAGAACUUGGCCUUCUUCUCGACCAACGCCGUUGAGGGUACCGCUAAAGGAAUUGUCAUCUGCUGUGGAGACAAUACUGUGAUGGGCCGCAUUGCUGGUCUCGCUUCUGGUCUGGACACUGGUGAAACUCCGAUCGCUAAGGAGAUCCAUCACUUUAUUCAUCUUAUCACCGGCGUGGCUGUCUUCCUCGGAGUGACUUUCUUCGUUAUUGCUUUCAUUCUCGGAUACCACUGGCUCGACGCUGUCAUCUUCCUCAUCGGUAUCAUCGUAGCUAACGUGCCUGAAGGACUCUUGGCCACCGUGACUGUGUGCUUGACUCUCACUGCCAAACGAAUGGCUUCCAAGAACUGCCUGGUCAAGAAUCUCGAAGCCGUCGAAACUCUGGGUUCCACUUCCACGAUUUGCUCCGACAAAACCGGAACCCUCACUCAGAACAGAAUGACUGUUGCUCACAUGUGGUUCGACAACCAGAUCAUUGAAGCUGAUACAACUGAAGAUCAAUCCGGCGUACAGUACGACCGCACUAGCCCUGGCUUUAAGGCUCUUGCCAAAAUUGCUUCCCUGUGCAACCGAGCUGAGUUCAAGGGUGGUCAGGACGGUGUUCCGAUUCUGAAGAAGGAAGUCGCCGGUGACGCCUCUGAAGCCGCUUUACUGAAAUGCAUGGAGCUGGCUCUCGGUGAUGUCUUGUCGAUCAGGAAGCGCAACAAGAAAGUCUGCGAAAUUCCCUUCAACUCUACUAACAAGUACCAGGUAUCCAUCCACGAGAGCGACGACCCCAGCGACCCCCGCCACCUGCUGGUGAUGAAGGGAGCACCCGAAAGAAUCCUGGAACGUUGUAGCACUAUCUUCAUUGGCGGAAAGGAAAAGGUAUUAGACGAGGAAAUGAAGGAGGCGUUCAACAACGCUUACCUUGAACUCGGCGGUCUUGGCGAGCGUGUGCUCGGCUUCUGCGACCUUCAGCUGCCCUCCGACAAGUACCCCAUCGGCUACAAGUUCAACACUGACGACCCCAACUUCCCCUUGGACAACUUGCGCUUUGUUGGUCUGAUGAGCAUGAUUGAUCCUCCCCGCGCUGCUGUACCAGAUGCCGUGGCCAAGUGCCGCUCCGCCGGUAUCAAGGUUAUCAUGGUAACCGGAGACCACCCCAUCACUGCCAAGGCUAUUGCCAAAUCUGUAGGUAUAAUUUCUGAAGGUAACGAGACCGUAGAGGACAUUGCUGCGCGUUUGAAUAUCCCCGUUUCCGAGGUGAAUCCCCGCGAAGCCAAAGCUGCUGUCGUCCACGGAACCGAGCUCCGCGAACUGAACUCCGACCAGCUCGAUGAGAUCCUCAAGUUCCACACCGAAAUCGUGUUCGCCCGCACCUCCCCGCAACAGAAGCUGAUCAUCGUUGAGGGUUGCCAGCGUCUCGGCGCCAUCGUGGCUGUGACCGGCGACGGCGUCAACGACUCUCCCGCCCUCAAGAAGGCCGACAUCGGUGUCGCUAUGGGUAUCGCCGGCUCCGACGUUUCCAAGCAGGCGGCUGACAUGAUUCUACUCGACGACAACUUCGCGUCCAUCGUGACCGGUGUCGAAGAAGGCCGACUGAUCUUUGACAACUUGAAGAAGUCAAUCGCCUACACCCUAACUUCGAACAUUCCAGAAAUCUCCCCCUUCCUUGCCUUCAUCCUUUGCGACAUUCCUCUGCCCCUGGGUACAGUAACCAUCCUCUGCAUCGAUCUGGGAACGGACAUGGUACCGGCGAUUGCUCUUGCAUACGAAGCGGCUGAGGCAGACAUUAUGAAACGCCCACCUAGGAACCCGUUUUGCGACAAACUUGUCAAUGAGAGGUUGAUCUCUAUGGCUUACGGACAAAUCGGAAUGAUCCAAGCCGCGGCUGGCUUCUUCGUCUACUUCGUGAUCAUGGCUGAAAACGGAUUCCUCCCGAUGAAGCUUUUCGGUAUCAGGAAGCAGUGGGACUCGAAGGCCAUCAACGAUUUGACUGACUCCUAUGGACAGGAAUGGACCUACCGUGACCGCAAGGCGCUCGAGUUUACUUGCCACACCGCAUUCUUCGUAUCUAUUGUCGUUGUGCAAUGGGCCGACUUGAUUAUCUGCAAGACCCGCCGUAACUCGAUCAUUCACCAGGGCAUGCGCAACUGGGCCCUCAACUUUGGUCUCAUAUUUGAAACCGCGCUGGCGGCGUUCCUCUCGUACACCCCCGGUAUGGACAAGGGCUUGAGGAUGUACCCACUCAAGUUCGUGUGGUGGCUGCCCGCCAUUCCGUUCAUGCUGUCCAUCUUCAUCUACGACGAGAUCAGGCGCUUCUACCUGCGCCGCAACCCCGGCGGCUGGCUCGAACAAGAGACUUAUUAUUAAACAGCGCCGAUCACUGUCCACCGUCGUGCAUCAGUUAGUCACCGCGUACAUAAUGUUCAUUUUGUGUUGUUGUAUCGGAGUGACAGAGGUUGCGGUGCCGUUCCCGGUGUAUGUGUAAUCGCUGUCGUGUACGCUUCUCACCGCUUGUCACCGCAUCGGUCCGCGCGCGACCCGCACGGUCCAGCCGAGCGCCGUCUGUCUGUCACUAGUUCCUUCUGUUGCGCAACGUGACCGAGAGGACGCGGCGCGCUCUCGCGUCACACUAUCCCUUAUAUCGAACUAUGUAUGUAUAUAUAUGCACUGUGGAGUGUGGAGUUUGUUACGUCUGUGUGAUGAUAUAAAAAAAAAUAUAUAUAUAUAUUAUACGCAUACUAUUAUUAUUAUUAUUUAAAGUUGUAAAUCGUGUUAUUUUUAUAUUAAGAUGAUUUAAUAAUUCGAAUCUCGAACGUCACGAGAAAAAACGUUGAUGUGUUAGUUUUGAGUGCUUGUGUUAGUUCCGUCUGUACUCGACCGGAUACGUAGGCGGAGCGCGAGCCGCCCCACUCGGCUCACGACGUCAUCCCAUCAUCCCUGUACAAUUGUUUUCGCGUACACAGUAAUGUCUAUUGAAUAAGUAUCGAUCGAUAGUGUUGCUACGGCGGCGUAGGAUCGCGCAUCGAGUGGGCAGAAGCGUGUCCCCGCCGCGCUCCACGCUCGGCAACGAAUGACGUUUGUUGUAAUAUUAACAGUUAAGACGCCACUAUAAUUAUUAUUAUAAUUUAAGUGUAUUAGAUUUAAGUUGAAUUUUUCGUGUGAAUAAAGUUCAGUUGUAUUUUCGGACGGGCGCAUGUUGUGUGAGAGGUCGGUGUGGAGUGCCUGAGUUUUAGUGUACUACCGCUUACUGUUAGGUAGGUAGUUGAAAUUUUGAUGCCGUAUUUUGAAUCGUAAAGUAGAUAAUGAAAGCAUACACAGUCGCGAUCGCUUGGGGGCGGGAGGCGGGCACGCAGCACUGCCAACUGUCACUGUCAGUGCCGGCGACUACAGAUCGGCUCGCGGCCGGCAAGACGACACGACGCGACGCUUUUAUAUUAACUAAUCUCAUUACUAGCGAAUUUCGUCAAAUUUAUUAAAAUAGGCUGCUCAUCGUAAUUACGUAAGAUUUUAUUUCUUAAUUAAAAGAUAAUAAAUAACAAAAGUAGGGAUGCGUAAUUAGAAAUUUUUAAAAUUAUACAGUUAUGGAUAGUCAUGUUGUUUUAUCGCCACUUGGCUCUUCUACGGGAGCGCGCGAGGUCAAGUCACGAGCGGGAGCGGCGGCGAGA